GAAGCAUCCUGUGCCCGGCUCGUCGCUGGUCCAGCAGCCUCUUCCAGCCCAGAGAACCGCAGACAAGAUGGCGGCGCUACGAGUCGUGGUGUUAUCGGGGAGUGGGAGAGCUCUCCUCAGCGCACCGAAAAUUAUCAAGACGCCCAAGGCUAACAUGUCCUUCGCCAGUCUGCCGCGGAACAAGAAGGUUGCCCUGACAACGCUAGGUGUGGUCACAGCCGGGGGGGCGGGGCUCGCUCUGAUGCUGCACCAGUCCGUCAAAGCCUCCGACCUGGAGCUCCACCCCCCGAACUACCCCUGGAGCCACGCCGGACCUCUGUCCUCUCUGGACCACGCCAGCAUUCGCCGUGGUUACCAGGUGUAUAAACAGGUGUGUUCAGCCUGCCACAGUAUGGAGUACCUGGCCUUCAGGAACCUGGUGGGAGUGUCGCACACGGAGGCCGAGGUGAAGACCAUCGCUGAGGAGGUGGAGGUGGUGGACGGUCCUGAUGAGAGUGGGGAGAUGUUCACUCGUCCAGGUAAACUGUCGGACUACUUCCCGAAGCCGUACCCGAACCCUGAGGCAGCCCGCGUCGCCAACAACGGAGCGCUGCCCCCCGACCUCAGCUACAUCGUCAACGCCAGACAUGGAGGAGAGGACUACGUGUUCAGCCUGCUCACAGGAUACUGUGAGCCCCCCGCCGGAGUCAGCGUCAGAGAGGGACUCUACUACAACCCCUACUUCCCCGGACAGGCCAUUGGCAUGGCUCCGCCCAUCUACAACGAGGUGCUGGAGUACGAAGAUGGAACCCCCGCCACCAUGAGCCAGGUUGCUAAGGAUGUGUGUACCUUCCUGAGGUGGGCUGCCGAGCCGGAGCAUGACCAGCGCAAACGCAUGGGACUGAAGCUGCUGAUGGGCUCGGCCAUCCUCAUCCCUCUGUUGUACUACCUGAAGAGACACAGGUGGUCUGUGCUGAAGAGCAGGAAGAUCGCCUACAGGCCCCCCAAGUAAAAGGAAACCCCCCCAUCUGGGCCUAAAAGCUACCAGAGAGGGCUGCGUUCAAUCACCCCACAACGCUCAGCUCACCAUGAUCACAUGGACAUAGAACAACUGACCAACACACACACACACACACACCCUUCUACAAGGGUGGAGAGACCGGGGUUAAUAUAUAAAUAUGCAGAAAAAGGCCUUUUUUUAGACGUGUAGAAACGAUGUAUGACAUGUUUCCUGUUUGUGGAGCAUCGUGGUGCCGGUUUGUGUAAGAGAGUUGUGGUGUUUUUGAACGCACCCUCCACAAAGUUAAUGUUUGUUUGAUCUGCAUGGAGGCAUGGCUGGUAUCAGUUCAUUUCCAAUCAGACACCAGUUACCGUCUCUGUAAGAUACUCCACAACCAGACGAGAGACGCCGUGAAACAUCCGUCUCCAGAGCGUCAGUGAACUCACCGACCUGAACCUCUGUUCCACUGUACAAAUAAAUUAUGUUCAAGGAGA